AUGAGGUUUGCGGGGCAUAAUGGCCAGGCUUUAAAGGAGGUGCUGGCGUCGAUUAUACCGAAUCAUCUGCAGUCACGUAGCCCGCGGUAUGGGAAGUUGCUGGACAAUUUGAGUAAGGUAAGAAAGGUGACGAAUCAUACACCGUUGACGCUUUCGGAGAAGGUAUUGUAUUCGCACUUGUGCGAUGUCGAGGAGUCGUUGGUUUCGUGUAGGUUGGAGGAUAUUCGGGGUAAACUGUAUUUGAAGUUGCAUCCUGAUCGUGUGGCGAUGCAGGAUGCGUCGGCGCAAAUGGCAUUGUUGCAGUUCAUGGCGACUGGAUUGAGUUCUACGGCAGUUCCUGCUUCCAUACACUGUGAUCAUCUAAUUGUAGGGAAGGAUGGUGAGUCUGAGGACUUGGCAUCGUCGAUUUCUAUGAAUGAGGAGGUAUUUAGGUUUCUACAGUCGUGUGCGGAGAAGUAUGGUAUUCAGUUUUGGGGACCUGGAUCUGGUAUCAUUCACCAAGUUGUUCUGGAAAACUUUUCGGCGCCUGGCCUGAUGAUGCUGGGAACGGAUUCUCAUACUCCUAAUGCGGGUGGGUUAGGUGCUAUUGCAAUUGGGGUUGGAGGGGCGGACGCUGUGGAUGCGUUGACAGGUACGCCAUGGGAGCUGAAGGCACCUAAAGUUUUGGGUGUAAAGUUGGUGGGAAAGUUAGGUGGCUGGACCUCUCCAAAGGACGUUAUUACAAAAUUGGCUGGGAUGUUAACCGUUCGCGGAGGUACUGGGUACAUUAUAGAGUAUUUUGGCGACGGUUUGAAAACUCUAUCUUGUACCGGAAUGGCUACUAUCUGUAAUAUGGGUGCUGAACUCGGCGCUACAACGUCAAUCUUCCCGUUCCAAGAAGCUCAUAAACGUUAUUUGGGAGCAACAGGUAGAGCCUCGCUAGCAGAUGCUUCCGAAUAUGUACAGAAUCGAUACAAAUUCUUGUCUGCCGAUGAAGGUGCAGAAUACGACAAAGUGGUCGAAAUUAACUUGAGUGAGCUUGAGCCACACAUAAACGGUCCCUUUUCACCUGAUUUGUCGACUCCUAUUUCCAGAUUUGGAAUCAAAUGUAAUCAGGAACAAUGGCCGCAAAAGAUUUCAGCAGGUCUUAUUGGUUCCUGUACAAAUUCUUCUUAUGAGGACAUGAGUAGAGCAGCUAAUAUUGUUAGACAGGCUUCUUCUGUAGGAUUGAAGCCUCGAAUCCCAUUUUUUGUUACCCCGGGCUCUGAACAAAUUAGAGCCACACUCCACAGGGAUGGGCUGAUCGAUACUUUUAAAGAGAAUGGUGCCACAGUAUUAUCAAAUGCAUGCGGUCCGUGUAUUGGCCAAUGGGAUCGUCAAGAUGUUUCAAAGGCUUCACAAGAAACAAAUACUAUCUUGACUUCAUUCAACAGGAACUUCAGGGCUAGAAACGAUGGAAAUAGGAAUACUAUGAAUUUUUUAACUUCUCCUGAAAUGGUCACUGCUAUGAUUUAUUCUAGUGAUGUACAAUUCAACCCGCUGAGUGAUAUGAUUAAACUAGAAAAUGGCUCUGAGUUUAAAUUCCAGCCCCCUGUUGGUGAAGAAUUGCCUUCGGCCGGAUUUGAGCAAGGACGGGAUUGCUUUUAUCCACCAUCAGACCCAGUUCCGAAUCCAGAGACUCAAAUUGAAGUGUCCCCAACCUCCAAUCGUCUUCAACUGCUAAGGCCAUUCAAACCUUGGAAUGGCAAAGAAUUAAGGACUAACGUGAUAUUAAAAGUUCAAGGCAAAUGUACCACGGACCAUAUUUCUGCUGCUGGUGUGUGGUUAAAAUAUAAAGGGCAUUUGGAAAAUAUAUCUUAUAACACGUUGAUUGGUGCUCAAAAUAAAGAAACUGGGGAAGUUAACAAGGCCUACGACUUUGAUGGCACUGAGUAUGGAAUUCCGGAAUUGAUGAUGAAAUGGAAGAGUCAAAAUAAACCAUGGGCUAUCAUUGGAGAAAACAAUUAUGGUGAAGGGUCUGCAAGAGAGCAUGCUGCCUUAUCCCCAAGGUUUCUAGGCUGUGAAAUAAUUCUGGUAAAAUCGUUUGCAAGAAUUCAUGAAACAAAUUUGAAGAAACAAGGUAUCCUACCAUUGACUUUCGCAAAUGAAUCUGAUUAUGAUCUUAUAUCCUCUACUGACAUUCUGGAAACGGAUGGUUUGCCUGAUUUGGUCGCCAAGUAUGGUGCCAAUGGUGGAGAAUUAACCUUAAAGAUUAUCAAGUCGUCAGGCGAAUCGUUUAGCAUUAAAACGAAACAUACAAUGUCAAAAGACCAGGUUGAAUUUUUCAAAGCUGGUUCUGCCAUAAACUACAUUGGGAAGCUGUGUGGCAAACAAUGA